GAUUCAUGACGGUACCCUGCUGACCCGCGCGCAGAGCAGCCACCGCCGCCGCCGCGCGAGGGCAUUCACGCGUAGUCAGCCCAUCCACAGUCGCAUGCGUCGUGCACGAAGCGUCGUCGCCAGUUCGAACGUUGUAACGUAACAUGAAUAACGAUGGCCGUGGCAACCGACUGCCAUCAUGCGGCUCUUCUGCCCGUUUCCCACCGACGCCGUCGCGCUCUCCGAAUCUCGGCAAGAAUCGGCAAAUCGCCGCGCACCACGAUGGGCGGAAGCAGCAAAGGCUGCCUGCUUCCUCCUACCACGCCACCCAUGACCCCAUUCCUCAAGCGUAUGUCAGAUGAUCAAUCAGCAAGCAGUCAUCCGCGGCUGCCUUCACUGAUCACUACAAAUGCUAACCUCUGCAAGACUCUGUCCCCAGAAUGGCUCCAUGUACCAGACGCCUGCUUCAUCGGAAUCCGGAGAGUCGAUGAACUAUUACCCAGCCAACGGCGCAUCACAAGAGCUGCCCGCGCAAGCAGACUCUCCCGGAGCGACUGGCCACACCGCUGAGGCCUUCGGGCGGUUAUCCUUUGAACACCGCCGGACCGCGUCUCGAGAGUACCUUGCGAGCCAGCGCGGGCGCCCACUCUACGCGGAGUGUCACCCCCUGGUGUCGAAACGAUCCGCCAGUCGGGAGCUGACCAAGCCUGGAGGACGCCAGUCACCACGACUGGAGGCAAGCCCGAAGCAGCUUCAGCAAGCGGCAACAUGGACGGCUGCCAGAUGCAGGGCGCCGGCGCAGAGGCGACCACUGCCAAAGCGUGUCAACUCAUACGACCAGACUCGGGCACAGGCACCAGGAGUGACUCACACCCACGCCACGACUUUGCCUCCACGCCCGCAAGGCAACGGUGUGGCGAGACCUCGUGACAGUGUAUGUGAUUCAGGAUAUGCCACUCGUCAGAACACUGGGCCAUGUCUUGAAAAUGCAGAUGCGAAACCAGAUGCACCUAACAAUGAUGAUGUUGAUGCGAAGGCACUCGCUCGCGUGGCAAAACAGCAAGCUGAACGUCGAUACACAUCAGCAGAUGGUCAACGGUUAGACAUGCUGCUCCAACCCAAUUCAUCUCCCAUCUCCACCGAGCAGUUAGCAGCUGAGGUGAAGGGGAUCUAUGCGGGCUUGGUCAUGGUCGAAGCAAAGUGCAUCAAUAUUGACGCUGCUCAGGCUGCUGAUCCUAAGUCUCCACUAGGUGCUGAGCAGUGGCAGGCGUUGAUUGCUCUGCAUCGUACACUUCUUUACGAGCAUCAUGACUUUUUAAUGGCGACACAACAUCCUUCGGCAACUCCAGCACUGCGUGGACUGGCAAUCAAGUACAGUAUGCCUGCACGCAUGUGGAAACAUGGCAUCCAUGCCUUCCUCGAGGUCCUUCGUCACCGCCGUCCUCAAUCUCAGGAUUAUAUGCUUGCUUUCAUUUACUUGGCUUAUCAAAUGAUGGCACUCCUAUUUGAAACAGUGCCCAGCUUUACCGAUACGUGGAUCGAGUGCCUAGGAGAUCUGGCUCGCUACCGUAUGGCCGUGGAAGAGGAAAAGGAAGCCCAUGCCACUUGGGGAGGCGUUGCCGCGCGCUGGUACACCAUGGCUUCCGAUCGUCAUCCAGCCAUUGGACGGCUUUACCAUCACCUUGGGAUACUGGAAAGGCCGAGCUUGCGCAAGUUCUGCUAUUACUCGAAGUCGUUGACCUGUGUGGUACCGUUUUCUAAUGCUCGUGAUUCGCUCUCGACACUUUGUGCACCGAUCGUGCAGGAUCAGCAAACGAUACAAAGUAGUCGCCAGUCCGCAGAGGCAAGAAUCGUGACAUAUCAUGCUCUGAUAUUCACUCGACGGGACUUGUCAACAGUCGCUAUGGUGCAAGAGGACUCACUACAAUUGCUUGGUGAUCAGCCUGCGAAGCUGCGCGACUUUGGCGCGUAUUUUGCUGCUGCUAACAUUGCUUCGUUGUUCCAGCUGGGAAAUCCGAAGAAUCAACUAUGGCAAACAUAUCACAUGGCCAUCGAUCGCACGGCUGCAGACCGGCCCAACUCUCUGACAAAGGAGCCCCCUUCUUCACUCUCUCAACCAAACGAGGAUUUAUCGACGGACUCAUACCUCCAAUCUAGCAAAGGAUAUCUCGCCGAAUCGUUCAAUUACGUCCUGCAACACUACGCCACUCCGGAAUCUUUCAAGCACAGUCUUUCUUACAUCCAUGUAACUCUGGCCUACCUUCACUCUCUCCACGCCGCCCGGACACGAAUCAGCAGUAACGAUCAUCAAAAACAGCAAAAUACGUUAACUAGUUUUCUAUUUUGGGGGCUAGAUUUUACCGCACUCGCAUCCUUCCUCACGUUUCUGGCGCAGCAACAGGACCAACUCAUCACUGCUGGCAUGCUGGAAUGCGCUCGACAAGGCACCUUCUUGGCUUCCGCAUCUGAUCUCCUGGCCUCAUCUCAGCAGGAGUGUCAGCAUACCAAGCCACUGUCGGAGGAUUAUGUGAUUCGAGGACAUGUUUGGAGUCAAUUCUACUUCUCACCGGGUUGGUUCGAUGGUCAGGGUGAGGAUGAUGGGAGGUCGAUUGAAACUGCUAGCAUGAUGACUGCGAGGGCGAUGAGGGUGUUGUGGUUGGGUCUCUUCUUGGCUUUUCAUACGGAGUUGCUGAGCUAUGAUGUUCAGAGUCAGGUUUUUUCGGCGACUGCUGCUACUACUCCUGCUACGACUACUUCGAUCUUUGAUGAUGUCCUUCUCCCAACGGGGCAUGAGACUUCAUCGCCGCCAGAAUCUCUUCAUCCAGUUGAAGCGGAUAUGGCGAGUAGCACGGCUGUGGAGACCACCUCUGUUCGUCUGGCGACAUCUCCAACUGGCACGAAUGGCUCCAGCGACAGCAGUGAAGAUGGCUACACUGUUGUGAAGACGAAAGGACGACAAGGCUGCAAGGCUCACAGCUCUCCAAAUGGCGCCAAAGCCACUCCUAAGAAAGCCAAUGGAGCCAAAACCAGUUCUAAGAAAACCAAUGGAGCCAACGCUAUACAAAGCAAAACCAAGAAAGACCUCCAGGACCACAACGCCUUCCAGGUCGUCGAUGAAAAUGGUGAGAUGGUACCGAAUGGACAGAUUGCUGAAGCACUUGGAUGAGAUUGAGAUUCAUUACUUUAAAAAAAAAAGUAUCACUUAAGGAUGACUUAAACGCGCUGAGGUUGCCAGGGGCUCGAGGGGAGAGAAUGUGGUUGAAGGCUGACCUGGUCAUGAAAAGCUUCGGAAUUAUGUAGUCAUGUAUACUCGCUACUCGUGCUUGUGUAGAUGUCAAUGAGCAGCACAUUAUCAAGG